GGGGCUCUAGGCUGAAUGGGGCGCAGGCCUGGGAGUGGAUGGGUGCAGAUCGGGCGCGGGGCGGGCCGCGGGGAGCCGGGCGGGAGGGGCGAGGGGCCCCACCCUGCCGCCCCGCCUGCGGAGAUUGGCUGGGCGCGGGGCGAGGCCCGGCUGCAGCCCCGAGGAGGCGGCUCAGGGCCAGUCUGUGCGCCCCGGAGCAAGCGGAGCGCGGGCUGUAUCCUGGGUCGCGCGGGGCUGCGAGCGGCGUCGGGGCAGCCGGGGGGCCUCGCAGCCAUGAGGGCGGCCGCGCUGGCGCUGCUGCUGGGGGCGCUGCGGCCGGGGCCCGCGCGCACCGAGGAGUACGACUACUAUGGCUGGCAGGCAGAGCCGCUGCAUGGCCGCUCGUACGCCAAGCCGCCGCAGUGCCUCGACAUCCCCGCCGACCUGCCGCUCUGCCACACCGUGGGCUACAAGCGCAUGCGCCUGCCCAACCUGCUGGAGCACGAGAGCCUGGCAGAGGUGAAGCAGCAGGCGAGCAGCUGGCUGCCGCUGCUGGCCAAGCGCUGCCACUCGGACACGCAGGUCUUCCUCUGCUCGCUCUUCGCUCCCGUCUGCCUCGACCGGCCCAUCUACCCGUGCCGCUCCCUGUGCGAGGCCGUGCGCGCUGGCUGCGCGCCGCUCAUGGAGGCCUACGGCUUUCCCUGGCCCGAGAUGCUGCACUGCCACAAGUUCCCCCUGGACAACGACCUCUGCAUCGCUGUGCAGUUCGGGCACCUGCCAGCCACCACGCCUCCAGUGACUAAGAUCUGCGCCCAGUGUGAGAUGGAACACAGUGCUGAUGGCCUCAUGGAGCAGAUGUGUUCCAGCGACUUUGUGGUCAAAAUGCGCAUCAAGGAGAUCAAGAUAGAGAACGGGGACCGGAAGCUGAUCGGUGCCCAGAAGAAGAAGAAGCUGCUCAAGCCAGGCCCACUGAAGCGCAAGGACACCAAGCGACUGGUACUGCACAUGAAGAGCGGGGCAGGCUGCCCCUGCCCGCAGCUGGACAGCCUGGCAGGCAGCUUCCUGGUCAUGGGCCGCAAGGUGGAUGGGCAGCUGCUGCUCAUGGCCGUCUACCGCUGGGACAAGAAGAACAAGGAGAUGAAGUUCGCCGUCAAGUUCAUGUUCUCCUACCCCUGCUCCCUCUACUACCCCUUCUUCUAUGGGGCCGCGGAGCCCCACUGAAGGACACUGACCCCCCUCUUCCCUUCCCAGCCUACAGUGCCUUAUACUUACUCCUGCCUACCCACCCUCGUCCGCACCCUGGGCUAACCUGGCUCUUGAUGGAGAGGGGGCUUAUGCAGAGUUGUUACCCCCAAAGGUGUGCUUCCUCCAGGCUGUCGGGAACUCCUGGACAUUUUCAGUCCAUCAGGGAACCCCAGGUCUCAGAAAGCAGGCAGAGGGAGGGGAGGCUGCAGGGGCUCUGAGCGACCUUCUAGGGGUGGUUUUCAGCUUCCUGCUGUUGAUGGGGGUGGGAGGAAACACCUUCCACAGAAGUUUCAGUACUAGGCCAAGCCCCUUCUCAUGUCCUCAUCUUAGCUUCAGUGAAAGUGUUGGGCUCCCACCUUCAGUGAAAGUGUUGUGAUCUCACCUCUGUCCUCCCUCCUGGCUGGAAGAGUGCCAGCCUAGCACCAUAGCAUAGGAUCCCUUCGGGGCUCACUCUUCAGCCUCUAUGUGCCCUCCUACCCUAACGAUGAGUAAAUUAUUGCUACUGCUGCAAAAACCUUGGUACUUCCUCAGUGCAGGUAGGGGCUGGGUUGGGUGGAGGGAUUUUGUUAAGUUUUUAAUUAAAUCAAAGAAAAUGAGA